CUCUCCUUGUGUCCUACAGGUUCAUCAAUGCCAGAAGGAGAAUAGUUCAGCCCAUGAUCGACCAGUCUAACCGUGCAGUAAAUCAAGGAGCCCCCUACACCCCAGAUGGACAACCCAUGGGGGGCUUCGUGAUGGACGGGCAGCAGCACAUGGGAAUCAGACCACCUGGACUGCAGGGCAUGCCAGGGAAUGACCUGUCUGACGACGGCACUGCGGCCUACUGGGCACCCUCACAUCAAAACCAGGACCCACCACUUCAAAACCAGGACUCCCUCCCAUAACCAGGAGCCUGCUCAGCUGCACAUGGCCCUCCCUUUGGGCCUCCCAGGCACCGCAUUCCUGGACAUCCCCCCCACCCUGCUCUGUCCCACCCAGUGAUGAUGAUGCACAGAGCCCACUGGGCCCACCACCAUGGGCCCAGCCACCCUGCCUAUGCCCCCCUGCCAGCCUCCAGUCCCUAGAUGCCCAUCGCCCAUCCCAGCAGACCCCGACCCCCUACCCCCCUUCAUCCUGAACCCUGGACUGCCUCGCCCAGUAGACUCUAAGGGAUUCCUCUUUGAAAAAUAGCGAUUGAGAGACAUUGGGUGUUUUCUCUUACCCAAGACUGAAGACAACUAAAGAGGCACCUGCUAUGUACUAUGGACUCCUAGAAAAAAAUAAAAAAGAGACUUCUUUCAGAGAACUGUACCUCCUCCAAGUCUUGACUGGGGAUGGAUUUGGACCAAGGAGAAGCCAAUGUCUGUAUAACACAGAGGUGCCCUUAAAAAUAGGAUUCCAGAAGAGAUGAGAAUGAGGGGAAAGAAAGACAGACAGAGAUUGAAAGGCAAACUAUAUCAACUCCUAAAGGGGAGGGAAGAGGAGAGAGGGGAGAUUCUGUAUACUGUUGUACAAUUACGCUGGACUCUCAAGGAGAACUGGGAAUUGAAGUAUUGUAAAUGCUAUGGUAUUGUUCUGCAUAAUAUGUUGUUUCUAAUCGUUUUUUGGGGGAAAAAAGGAUGUGAACUUCUUGUUUUUUUUUGUUUCUUUCCACACUAUGUGUGUGCUGUCUCUAUGACUUCUGACCUCUGACCUCCUCCCUAUUAAAAUCACCAUGAGUUUAAAAAGAAAAAAAUAUAUGUGAAUAAACCAAUAAUUCGAUCAACCAAUCUUCUUCCAGGCCUUUCUUUUGGAUGGGUGAAAGAUAGCCUGAGUGUCAGUGUAUUUGUGCUACCAUACCAACUCCCUGUCACUCAUUGUCAUGCGCAAACAGAUCUGGGACCAGGCUAGAGGUGAAAGAGUGGCUCACAGCUUGAGACAGACAGACAGACAGACAGACAGACAGACAGACAGACAGACAGACAGACAGACAGACAGACAGAGACAGAAUGUAUAAAGCAUUGGACAUCUCGGUAUGAUUGAGGAGUUCUGAGCCUGUUCCAGAAUUACAUUCAUGUUCUCUAUUGUAUUUAUGUCACGAGGCUGGAGUCUGCAUUGUCUGAUGCAUUCUCCCCCCAGCCCACUAUGUCUGUAGCUCUGGGGUCAAGUUUCCCCUAGGAUCAGCUUCCCAUUCCCCAAUCCUAACCUUAACCAUUAGUGUGUAAAAUGCUAAACUGACACAAGAUCAGCGUCUAGGGGGCACGGGGAAGUUUAUUGGAGAUAUUGCAUACAUUCACUUUGAUGGGAGGGAAUGUACAAACCCUGUGUGUGUGUGUGUGCGUGUGCGUGUGUGUAUUUGAUCAAUGCAUCCAUCAUUCAUUGUAUUAUGUCAAGUCAACGUUCUUGUGUUUUUCUUUUUUAUGGUUUCAUCCUGGAGAGUGUAUGUAAGUAAACAUUGUAAAUAAAUACAUUUUAUGCAAAAAACAUGGAAAAACCAUAA